AUGGACGCCGACGAUGAUGUACGAAAAAUGGCGCCUUCUGCACUGCACGCGCACAUUCAACGCUGUGAGAGGCUGUUAAGCCACCCAACUCUUUUGGGCCGCCUGCCGGACGGGGGUGCGGCCAUUCGCGGCCGCCACGCCUUGUACGUCGCGGAAAGGUCUCGACGCGAGGCUGUGGGCGACGCCUCUUCUGGCACGACGGAGCAGGAUGCUGCUGAGGAAGCCGUGCGGCAGGUGGAGCAGCAGAUUUGUCAGAUAACGAUAUCACCGGAAGCGGCGUCCAAGCAGACAGCAGACAAGUGGGCAGAGUGCCACGCCUCUCCGAACACCGGUGAGUGGGGCGUAGAGGAAGGAGAAAGGGCUGUGGAGUCGUACGGAGAUGCGGCACGUGCCAUUGGCGAGAAGCACCGACACAGUCCAGUCCCUGUAGAGACGAUUGUGCGCCAGACGUUUGGGGGAUCGCUCUGCGAGGCGGAAAUCCAGCGUAUGCUUCACGACGUACCGCCUAACUUCUUCUUGACAUAUGAAGAGACCACCUCGAUGCAGCGAAGGCUCCUCGCUGAGGAGCGUCAGGAGGCGCUUAAGCGGCUGCAGCAGCAAAUGCAUGCCGAGCAGUAA